CAACAAGUGUCACAGUGAGCCUUGUGGGUUUCUCCCUUUGUAUCGGGUACAGAAUCAAUGGCCAUCCCGUUGAGUGCUGUGUGUCUCAUAGCAGUGGCCAUGCUUGGUUAUCCAGGUGAUGCUCAACUCUGGAAAGGACAGAAAUCCCAGUUCAGGCCAAGGAUGUUGCCUUCUCAAGAUGAGCUUCAGCAGCUUGCUCAACGCCUUCCUCAGAAACCUUCCCAACCGCCUCAGAUGUUUGAUCCAUCCACGCCUCAACCGAAACCCUUUAACAACACAGACCCAAUUCCAAAACAGAUCUGCAACAUUGUGGACACUGAUAAGUUGGCAUGUGGACUUCCUAGCAUCACUGCAGCCAGAUGCCGGGCUAUUAACUGCUGCUUUGAUGGACAGAAAUGCUUCUAUGGGAAAACGGCGACUGUCCAGUGUACCAAGGAUGGGCAGUUUGUGGUGGUGGUGGCCAGGGAUGUCACUCUGACCAACUUGAAGUCCAUCCACCUGCUGGGUAGGAACGAGUCCCACUGCAAACCUGUCGUCAGUUCUUCUUUUGCCAUAUACCAGUUCAAAUUCACCGAAUGUGGAACUGUGAUAAGUGAGGGGGUGGGUCAAAUUGUUUAUGAGAACCGGUUGUCCUCUUCAUACGAGGUGACGGUUGGACCCGUCGGCGCUAUCACCAGGGACAGCCACUACGACCUACUCUUCCAGUGUAGGUACACUGGAUCUUCAGUUGAGACAGUGAUGACGGAGCUGAGGCCAGUUAGACACCCCGAUCCAGUGUCCAGUCUUGCAGACCUUAACGUGGAGCUCAGACUGGCUAGCGGACGUUGUCUCGCCCAAGGAUGUAAUGAAGACAAGGAAGCGUACACCUCUUACUACACAGAUGCCGACUACCCCAUCACCAAGGUUCUCAGGGAUCCCUUGUAUGUUGAGGUUCGCAUCCUGGGGAUGACCGAUCCCGGCGUUGUCCUGCUACUGGAUCAUUGCUGGGCUACCACAGCCCCCCAACGUGACAGUCUGCCCCAGUGGGAGCUCCUGUUUGACGGAUGUUCCUUCCAGGAUGACCGUUACAUGACCGUGCCCAUCCCAGUGGGAACCACCUCCAGUCUAUCCUACCCAUCCCACUACAAGCGCUUCGCCCUCAGGAUGUUCACAUUUGUGGAUCCGACAUCCAUGGUCCACCUGAGAGAGAAGGUGUACGUUCACUGUAGCACAGCAGUGUGCCACCAUCAAGCAGGAUCCUGUAAGCAGAGGUGCCAGAUACAAAAUCCAGCAGAUAACAGUGAGAGGACCAAGACGGACUGUGAACAACAUAGAGACAAUCCGCAGAAAAGUCCCAAAGGGACUUUUGUACCCCAGUGUGAUGAGCAAGGUCAGUACAAAGCCAUGCAAUGCUACAAUUCUACAGGAUCCUGCUGGUGUGUGGACAGCAGGGGGCAGGAGAGAGCAGGGAGCAGAACUGCACCAGGCACCAGCCAGCCUAACUGUGAUGAACCAGAAUCUGUGCACCCUAAGAGAACCAAGACUGACUGUGAAAAUCAAAGGGACAGUAUGCUGUCAACCAAUAGACAAGUGCAUGAUAUCGUAGAGGUCUAUGUACCCCAGUGUGAUGAGCAAGGGUCAUUACAAAGCCUGGCAAUGUUCUACUGGAUACUGCUGGUGCGUGGAUAG